AAGCUGUUAACAUCUUCAUACCACUGAUCCAUCGAUGCAUCGAAGACAGAUCAUCUGUACAGAUGAAAUUACAAGACCUUACAGCCAAAUUCGGCUUGUAGCGUAAUAGACCAUACAAAUUUCAAAGACGUGUCUUUUCUCUCAAUCUGAUCUGUUUUUGUUUUGUUUAAUCCGACUCACCAGCUGCAUACGGUUAUGAGCAUGUCAAAACAAUCUCCUACAAUUUAUGAUUUUCAUGACAGAAUUUCUGACUUUUCGAACAGUACAAUAUGUUAACUUUGUGAUGUUUAUUUUUGCUCCCACAGCUAUUUUCCAUAAAGGCAGAUCAUUAAAAGUCCAUCUAGGAAGUUGGAAAAAGAGACAAACAAUUUCAUUACGUUCUCUGGCAGAUGGACGCCUCACUGGAAAUGCUUCAAUGUCCUUGUAUCUCAGCCAACGCAGUACCGGUUUCGACCAUUUCUCGGACCGCUGGAGAGAAUCCAAUAUUGAGGAACGAACUAAACUGAGGCCAGCACCGGAUACCACAUAGCAGAAGUAUCCUCCUUGAACAAUAUCUUGAGCAGAUGAGUCCCCUAAAAGACAACAUGACCCCUGAAUCGUUUGCUGACAACUGCACCAACUGCAGCCAGGUUCUCAUCCCAGAGCUGAAUGUUAUGAAGGCUGUAGGGUUGGGCAUUGUGUUGGCGGUCUUCAUUGUUUUUGGAGUUCUGGGCAACAUCUUGGUUAUCCUCUCUGUGGUUUGCCAUCGCAAUCUACGCACGGUUACCCAUUACUUCAUUGUGAACUUGGCAGUAGCAGACCUUUUGCUAAGUUCAACGGUUCUUCCAUUCUCUGCCAUCUUUGAGAUGCUAGGCCGUUGGGUCUUCGGUCGGCCCUUUUGUGACGUAUGGGCGGCCAUGGAUGUUCUUUGCUGCACGGCGUCUAUCAUGAGCCUGUGUGUGAUUUCGGUGGACAGAUGUAUCGGUGUUAGCUAUCCUCUGCAGUACCCUUCGAUUAUGACGGAGCGGCGGGCGUUGCUGGCAUUGGUUGCGCUGUGGGCACUGUCCAUCACCAUUUCUAUCGGGCCUUUGUUUGGCUGGAAGGAACCGGCGCCGAAGGACGAGUCUGUAUGCAAGAUAACAGAGGAACCAGGCUAUGCCAUCUUCUCAGCAUUCGGGUCUUUCUACCUCCCGCUGGUGGUCAUCUUGUCAAUGUACUGCCGUGUGUAUGUGGUGGCGAGGAGAGAGACGCGUGGACUGAUUAGUGGACAGAAAACUAAAAAAACUGAUCACGCCUCUGAGGUUGUAACCCUGAGGAUACACCGCGGCAACACCACGGCGUCUGAGGACGAGACGUUAAGAAACAGGACACACUUCGCUUUGCGUCUGCUCAAGUUCUCACGUGAAAAAAAGGCAGCUAAGACCUUGGGCAUCGUGGUUGGAUGCUUUGUCCUGUGCUGGCUUCCGUUCUUCUUGGUUCUUCCUAUUGGUUCCAUCUUCCCGAAAUACAAGCCUUCGGACACUGUAUUCAAGAUAACGUUUUGGCUCGGCUAUUUCAACAGCUGUAUCAACCCCAUCAUCUACCCCUGCUCCAGUCAGGAAUUCAAGAAAGCCUUCCUCAGCGUAUUGGGCGCACAUUGUCUGCGCAAGAGAUCCAUGCCCUCCCAUCCACUUUACCAGGGUCACAGCCCACGGCACGCCCAGUCGCAACUCAUCGCCCUUGGCUUCACGAGCCGCGACAUCCCUUCCCGUCUGAGCCCCUCCUCUUCCAUCGCUCUGUCCCGCAGCCCAUCCUCACGAGACGGCCGGGACUGGCAGGCCCCUUCCCGAGCAUCAUCCGUGGGGACGACGGGGGUUAGCGGCGGGGUGAGCGUAGGAGCAAGGGUUGCGGGAAUGUGUGGUAAGAACCUGCUGAGGACUUGUUGUGCUGUGAGAACAGACUCCCCUCAGCCCGAUGUGCCCACGCACAACUCUCUUCCUGUCAUCAAAAUCCAUCAGCUCUCGCUGUGUGAAGACGGGGAUGCGGUGUGAAUAAACUCGCCGGGGAAAUUACUCAAAAAAGAACUCGCGCUGCGUGCGAUGCCGUUUGCCACUUGAUGGAGUCUCAGAUUGGAUAAUACAAGCUGACAAUCUGUGUCUCUGCAGCCAUUGUUUUGAUGUUCAUUGAAAAAAUACUGUAGGUCACUCCAAACAUAAACACUCAUUAUUUAAUCAAUCUCAUGUUGUUCCAAUCCAAUAUGCUGUUAUUUUCUAUACAACUACUGUUAUAUUGGCUGCAGGUGUCAAGCUUAAAAAUAAUACAACUGUGUUAUAAAGAAAGCACCUAAAAAGUAGGCCAUACAACUUGAAUCUUUAAAAGGUCUUUAUGGAGCAAAUGAAUUCCUUUCAGGAACCUUUAUUUUUAAAGGAUUACUCCACUUUCAUAAACCUGAUAAUUUACUCAGCCCAAUGUAAUCCAAGAUGUUUAUGUCUGUCUUUGUUCAGUCGGGAAGAAAUUCAGUUUUUGAAGAAAAGCAUAUAAGACCUUUCUCCAUAUAGUGGACUUUAGUGGACCUCAACGGUUUGAUAGUUUCAAUAAAGCUUUAUAGGUCUUUAAACAAUCUCAACCGAGGCAUAAGGGUCUCAUCUAGCAGAACAAUGAUACAUUUCACAAAAAAUCUGUAUAAACUGACACAAAGACAUUAAUUAGUAUCAUUCCAAAUACAACAUUGGAAAACGCUCCUCUUUCUCCACACUUGUAAACACUGGAGCGGUAGCUUCGUAUACGUCAUGCAUGACCUUUCGACGUGCACUCUUAGAACGGAUGUGUUAAAAACAACACAUUAGUGUUGAUUCUGGGACAACACACUAAAUACGUUGUCCCAGAAUCCACCCAUCUCUCUGUUAUUAUUGAAACAAAACAUUUUGUGUUACUUUAACACAACUUGUGUUUUAUUUUAAAACAAAAUGACACAUAAUGUGUUAAAAGCUUAAUACAAAAAGAUGUGUAAAAAAAUUAACACAUCCUUUCUAAGAGUUCGGUGUCGGCAAGUACUUAAACCUGUGAACCGAUCGGAUACUAUUUUUAUUAAACAAGACCUAGAUAUGCCCGCUAUAACUAAAG